ACCAUUUUAGCUAGGGCGUAGUAAUUUUGAAAAUAUUCGACGUGGUCAGGAACCAAUAUGGCAAAAUUCAUUCCAAAAGAAAAGCAAAACUUGUUUGGCUUUGGCAAACCCAGUGAAGACACUGAUGUUGUACUCGUUGUUGAAGAGCGUAAACUACAUGUCAACAAAGCAAUCUUGUCGUCAGCCUCUCCGGUGUUUUCUAAAAUGUUCCACGGUGAAUUCCGGGAAAAGUCGAAAGAGGAAAUACCCCUUCCUAGUAAAAGCUGUCGAGAUUUUUUGGCAUUUCUUUUGUGCUUAUAUCCUAACACUUUGGAUGAUGUUACAUAUGAAAACAUUGAAGUAAUUCUUCCUUUGGCACAAGAGUACCUGGUGAAAAGUUUGAUGAAAAAGUGCGAUGUUUUCCUUUUAGGAAUAUUACGUCAGUCAAAGUAUGAAACUGUAAGCAACAAAGAACUUGUCCGUAUAACGUUUUUGGCUGAUAAGUUCAACUUGGUGGACACGCUUAAGAAAGCUGUUGAAAUGGCCGCGUCUAGACCAAAUAUUCAGUUGAAGAAGGAGCCGGGCUUUGCAGAAAUCAGUGACAAAACGAAAGUGGAAAUCCUGUCAAGACGAUGUGAUCUUGUGGAAACUCCUGGCUUGGUCGUUAGUGAGGACAUGUUAGCACUUGUAAACCUGAUUCUACCGAAGAAUGCAUGUUGUCAGCACUCUGAAAUGCAUACAGGAUAUUGUACGGUGCCUGGUUGUAGUAUGAGUUUCUUAUCUUCCAAGUUUUUCCGCCAUGCAGAUAAUCUCUUGAAGCACAAAUCUGAGGUGGAGCAUUUCCUUAAGACAUUUACCAACAAUUAGUUGCACACGUACAUGUGUAGAUUGAAUAUAUCGUUCUAUUUUAUUUAAUUUUUUCCAUUAUAGCGUGUGUGAUAUAAAUAUUAUGUCAGGUGUCUAACAAUAUAUGUUAUUAACUACAGACUUAAAAGUAACAAUCAUAAAUUUUCCUGAUGUUAUUUGUUUAGUUUGUAAUUGGUACUAAUGUAAAUUUACUUUCCAAACAGCGCAGAUUUGUUUUGUGACUGUAAAAAAAAAAAAAAAAUCAUUUAAAAAAAGUAUUAUAUUGGUUGCAUUGUACUGGUAAAACACAAAAUAUAUAGCUGGUUUCUGGUCAGACCAAUUACAGAAUUGAUGCCGCGAUGAUGGUUUUUAUUUGUUUGGGGUUUUUGUUGUUGGGUUUUUUCAAUUCUUUUUUAUUAUUAUUUAAAUACAUUGCAUGUCCUUCUC